AUGAAGAAAACGACCAAAUCUUCCCGUGCUGGACUCACAUUCAGCGUCGGGCGCGUAGCGUCAUCGUUGCGAAAGGGAAAGUACGCGGCACGCAUCGGUGUCGGAUCCUCAGUCUAUAUGGCGGCUGUGCUUGAGUACUUGGCGGCGGAAGUGCUAGAAUUGGCUGGAAACGCAGCUCGGGACAACCACAAAUCUCGGCUCACACCGCGUCACAUCCAGCUGGCCGUCCGCAACGAUGAGGAGCUGAGUAAACUGUUGCAGGGAACUACCAUUUCCCAGGGUGGUGUCAUGCCGAACAUCCAUGCGGUGCUGUUGCCCCGCAAAACCGGCACGAAAUCGGCUGAACCCGCUGGAACCGGCCACAGCCAGGAGUAUUAA